CCCGCGAACCGCGUUACCGACUUCACACGCGCCGCGUACAUUCAUAUAAUAUAUAUUAUAAUAUCACAUAAUAGUGCUCGUUUUGACACAUAAUACGUAUAUAGUGAUUCCAUUUAUAAUUCAAAUUAAGUUUCCGUACGAGAUUUCACUGAAAGUGAAGUGAUCCCUCCGUCGAGUCGGGGGCUAAAGAGGUUUAUAAAAAAGUCAAAGUGUCUCCCAUAAAGUUGUCGGCUAUGGAUAGCAAUUCAGUGUCACCGAUGCCGGAAUUGGCCCCGAUAGCUGAGUUUGAUAAGUCUCCGCCUUCUCCACCCAAUGAGGAGGUGCCUAUGGACGACCUUCCACCACCACCCGCAACCAUCUCUCAGGCUGAAGGCAAGAAGAUUAAAAUACAACGCAGCCGUUCCUAUGAUUCUGAUGAACAAGAGCGUGGGGCUUGCGAGUGGUGCGAGUAUGCCCUCAUCAUCACCCUUGCUACGGUGCUGCUCAUCGGCGUAUCCGGACUUACUAUCUUCUGGACCUUUUUCUACCGAGAAGGUUAUGGCUGGGCUGAUGACAUCCCCGAGAAGCAGUUCAAUCUGCACCCAACGCUCAUGGUGGCUGGAUUUGUCACCUUUAGCGGUUUUUCGGUGCUGCUCUACCGCAUCUGCCGCUGCUUCAGACGUAUUUACGUGAAACUUCUGCACGCUAUCUUCCAUGCAUUGGCGUUCCCAUGCAUCGUGAUCGGUUUCCUCGCGGUAUUAGACUUCCAUAACAAGAAGGGGAUUAAUAAUUUCUAUUCCCUUCAUAGCUGGAUAGGAUUGGUCGCUAUGGGACUCUUCGGAAUUCAGUAUGCGGUUGGUUUCUUCAGUUUUCUCCUGCUAUUGAUUUGUAACAAAGGAACCGCGAACUUCCGUGCUUCGUUGGUGCCAAUUCACGCCGCUUUUGGAAUUCUGACCUUUGUUCUUGGAGUAUGCGCUUGUCUUACUGGACUCACCGAAAAGGCUCUCUUCACUCUGGGGAGCGAGACAUACGCCUCGAUGUCCACCGAGGGUAUUGUGAUUAACGCCAUCGGGAUGUCGGUGGUGGCCGUGGCGAUCGUGGUGCUGUACACCGUCCGUGGUACAGGAGGAUACAGACUUCGCAAAGUGGCUCAGAAUCCGAGUUAAAUCAUCAUACUAAUGAUACAUUCACAUCGAAAACGUAGUUUUUAUUGCCCUAAUAAAACCUGCAUUCGUUUUUUUUAUCAAGUUUAAUUUUUUUUAUAUGGCAACACUUAAGCAAUUCCAAUAACAAGAUAUAUAAAAACUACGUUCUUGACUGCAAUAUACAACACCAAUUAUUGUAAAUUCUUCUAUAUGCUUAAAAGUUUUUGGAUCAUAAUUACCUAAGCAUAAAGUUGAAUAUUUUAUGAUUGUCGAAAUACGCUGAGAUUUUUUGGUAUGACAUACCCUUUGUUACAAUUCAACCAAUCAACGAAAUAUACCCUAUCAGGGAGAGUUGUGAAGCUCAUUUUACUAAAAUAUAGUUAAUAUUAAUCGCUAACAUUAAUAUAUUAGAUUCGUAGCUCAAUUUGUUGAUUUUUAGGUUGAACUGAUUUUAUCUCAGUGACGUUGCGAUUGUUCCUGCGGUUGUGUUUUAUUCUAUAUUUGAAUUAUAUUGUUUGAGAUUUAUCGAUCCGUCUUCAAAAUUAUAAUAUCACGUCGACUGACAUUGGAUAUACCUUCUAAAUAUUGUUUCAUUUGACAUAUCGUUAAUUUUUUAAAAGAACAAAAAUCUAUAUAAGUCAUCCAACGAAAACUCCUUUCUAAUGUAUUGUCUGACAGUGAACUAUAUACAUUUUGUGUGAAAAAAAAAAUGUUGACGUUGCACUGAAUAAUGCUAUAGGAAGUCUUCGUUGGGAUAAACAAUUUUAAAUUUUGCAAUACGAACACUCAAUAAAAAAUAUUAUUCAGUGGCCAUAUAUAAUGUUAGGUACUGAGAUAGCAUCGUUUCGGUAGGUUAAAGUUAAGAUAUUAUAGUUUUAAUUUGUAUAUAAUUAACGUAAUGUGCGAGUGUUCGAUAGAUGUAGAAUGUGAUUGAUUUGUAGUGAAUUACCUAUAUAUACUAUAAAAAACCUUGUUAAGAAUACAGCAAUCGCAAUAAAAAAUGACGGUUUUCGUGUUUCUCCAUUAAAAAAUAUAAAUCAAAAAUUCAAUAGCAUUUUAAAAUACAUUUUGAUAUAAUAGUUUUUAUCGUGUUUAGAUGUCGAUGUGUCUGUGUGAGCAAAGUGUUGAUUCAAGUUGCCAAAUUCUUUGUAACGCGAUGGUUACUCGUUAUGAACCUGUAUAACAUAAUAUUUAGCAUGUUAAUCAGUAAUUCUUUAGGAUAACGCUCAAUGUCUUUACACGAGGGGUACCUUCUAUGAAUAAUCAUUGCGUAGUAUUCAAUAAGUAUUCCUUUUUUUAUGGUAGACGUUAUUUAUAUUCAAGUUUUGUAUGAAGUGACAUUCCAAUUAAUAAUGUAUGCAUUUUUAUAAUUUCGAUUUUUAAAUGUAUUUUACAAUCCGCGCGAAGACUGUAAUCGUUAGUGUUUCAUCGUUUUAAUAAACGUCGCUAAAAUAUUUACUAUGCCAGGAGCUGUUUACAAUUUUAAAUAUUAUCUUUUUUGGAUCCCUUUAAAAACAGUGGGGCCAAGUUUUUAUAUAACAAAUCCCCGUUUUAUCAACCACGGUACAGAUUUAUAUUCAUUAUAGAACCAACAACCAAAUAGUACCUGUUUUUACUAGUUUAAGUAUUAAAAACUAAAUUACGCGCUGCCCAGUGACAUGGCGUAUGAUCAGUUUAUCAGAUUUUAACAGUAUUUUAAACUCGUCUUUGUAAAUGUAUACCUAUUUUAAAUAUAUCAUUUGGUUAUAGUUGUGUUGAUUACAGUUAUGUAUUGGUUAUGAAUUUUAUCACUGUUUUACAAUUUUAAAUAUUUAUACGCAUUCAUAAUGGUACAUUAAAUACAUGUAAUAAAAUAA